CGAACUCUUUAGAAGAUCAAAGUCAUAAUCAAGACAGUUCAUUGGAGAUACCUUUGUCUUGUCAUUUCAGCCCUUUGAUUGACAGUUUUACAGCCCGCGCACUCAAUCUGCGAAGAGGAUACUUCUCAUCGAGUCAAGGAACGCUUGACUGGUUGUGAAGAUAUGGUGGUUGUUUUCCGCAUUUCAGCUCUGCUUCACUCAUGUUUACCCUGCAUUCUCUCAUAACGAUCCGCCGAGUCUCUAGCUUCAUGCUGGAAUUUGCGCAAUGUCUUCAAGGUUCUGGGCUUCGUCUGAAGAUGUGAGCACAGAGAGUGUGGAUUCGAGCAUUGCGAGUGUGCAAGAUGCCUCACGUGAUCCGUACAGCAGAGGGGAGCAUCGUGGUCAAGAGAUGGGAGGAGAGAGACGAAAUGACAAUACAUCAAUGGUACAACAGACAAUGACAGCUGGUUCAGGGUCGCCAGACUUGCAACCCUAUCAGCGUGCCAAUCUCUUCUACCUCGCUAUGAUAGAAGGAAGAUGCAGAACACAAGCAGCUACAGUGGUAAAUUCUGGUCGGCCCGUCGACGAUAGAGUGGGAGAAGAUGAUCCGGAGGUGUUGACGCUCUCGCGUCAUAUGUUCGAUGAAGUCAGGCGAGAAUUGGUCAAGGCUGGUAUGCUGUCAGAGACGUUUGCGACAGGAGACUAUCCUCAACUGCACACCUACCUAAACUCUUUCGACAACAUCCUCGACAACAUUGCAACGCAGCAAACACGCAACCUUGCUGAAGGACCUAUACACGCACUCUCGGUUGAAUCUGGGCAUCUGGCACUUCCCAAUCUCUCCAGCGCGCUUAUUCCCCAUCGUUUUGCUCAGCAACAACACUCCAUCGCUCUCGCGGAUGCCUCUAAUAUCCCAUCACUUGCCAACAAUACGUCGAUUUUCCACCCUUCUCAUAGUAUUGCACCUCAAGGCUUCUUCGUUACACCAGAUAAUUUUCCAAUGGUUCUCACGACGUCCUUUCAGACGUUGCUGCGACAUCUGUUUCCAAAUGAAGAUCACUCCCUGGAAGUGUCUACGGUCUCCAAUUAUGCAACUGACUAUACUCCACUGAGCAAACUUGGGUCAGGCGGUUUCGGAGCUGUCUAUAAAGUCCGCCACAAAUAUGAUCAAGCAGAAUACGCAGUCAAGAAGAUCAUUGUCAGGGGUGAGAGAAUACAGCAGCUUUAUGACGAGAACAACAUUGGAGAGCUGGGUUCUUUGAUCAAGGAAGUUCAAACUUUAGCGAAGUUGCAUCACCACAAUAUCGUCGUAUAUCAUCACUGCUGGAUGGAACCUAGGCCGUUAGACGAGAAUGUUUCUAGCAGUGGCUCUGAAGAUGAUGAGUCCAGUGAACUACAACUACAGGGAGAUCCAGCAGCUGCUUCAGUGUCACUUGCCACAUUGUCCAUUGAUAAUGAGUGUGCUUUGAAGCGGGAUAUGAGAGCUCAACGUCGUCGAGCGAGUUCCAGUAUUUCCGCUGAAAUAGCUGCAGAUAUUGAUACGGGAUACAUUUUAUUUUCAGCUGAAGAUUCCAGUGCAGAACCCAAGGAUGACGAACUUGACGGCGAACUUGACGGCGAACUUGACGGCGAACUUGACGACGAUAAUGACGAUAUUGAUGACGAUGAUGAGGAUCAUGAUUCAUCAGACGAAGAGAGUAAUGGUAGUGAAGGAAACACAAAAGACGAGAAAGAUGAUGAAGACACUGAAGAGAUUGUGCGAUAUGAUGGACAAAUUGUUCGGUCUCAAAGGAAGAACCUGAAAUACGCAGACCUGGACCUAGUUCUUUACAUCAAGAUGGCCGCAUAUCCACUGUCCUUAAUUCAGUACAUCAGACAACCUACUGAGACGCCACUCCAAAGGAACCAGGACGAGCCGGACAUUCAGCACUGCUACCAUGUCUUGCCUACAAUCAGAAUCCUACUCUCAUUGCUCGACGGAAUUGAGUACAUUCACCGGAAGAACAUCAUUCACCGAGAUCUCAAACCAGCAAAUAUUCUUCUCCAGAUCCUAGAUUCCGCCGAACUUCCCACACAAGGCUAUGUCAACAUUAGUGACUGUAAGAGCUGUACCAGUACCAAGCCGACCUGGAUCUCCCCUCGAAUUGGGGACUUUGGACUAAUUCACGACCUUUCCGCUCCACCGGCCCCGCUCCCACCCCCAAAAGCCGGUGGAAGCAAGAAGAAGGGACGGGAAUCAAGUGCGGCCCCAGGCACAGCCACCUACCUUCCGCCGGGACUUCGAAAGUCCACCCCAGUCUGCCCCAAGUUGGACGUUUACAGCUUGGGAAUUAUUGCUUUCGAAAUGUCCUACAAGUUUGGGACAUUUGCAGAACGAUCCGAAGUCCUGGACCAAUUGAAGAGAUUUGGGAAGGUGCCAGAGAGCUUCGAAGGUCACACACUGAAGGAGUGUAUAUUGAACAUGGUGAAGGAGGAUGUGGAGAGUCGGUGGGAUUGUCCCACAGUACGUGCGCACUUGGUGGGAGCAUUGGAGCAAUUGUAAAUUUUGUAAGAAUAGAUACCCAAUGACGGCAUUAUGAUUCUUUCCGUGAUCGAGCGACAAUUUGGUCUCUGUUAUGUGAAGCG